UAACACUGUAGAAAUAAAGAGGAUGGAAGAUGGUCUGCUGCAGGUAGGGGUCUCUACUCCUCUGUCAUUGCAGAGAGGUGCAGGUAGGGGAUACCACAGUGUUGGAGGCAAGGACAGCAUGUGUGGAGCUGUCUGUGUGUGGAAGGGUAUCCAGAAUGUGGAGAAGACCUGUAGUAUCUUUAUAGCUAGAAUAAUUAGUCUCCCAAGCUUGUCAGGCACUGACCAAGCAUUUGUGUUUCACUUUCACCUGCAUGAAGUUCUGCUCCUUUGGCUGCAGUUGUGAGAAGACGUCAGUCAUUUCUUGAAGGCUCUGUUUGUUGAACUAUUGGGAAUCAGUCAUUUCAUAAACACUGUAAAUUUCUUAAUGACCUUUCAAGAAGUCCCACCCACAUCUGAUGAAAAUGUCAUCGUGAUGGAGACAACUUUCAACAGUGUUCCUGUCCGUACAUAUGUACCAAAACGAAAGUCACAGACAUUAAGAAGGGGCUUAUUUUAUAUUCAUGGUGGAGGUUGGUGUUUGGGGAGUGCUGCUUGGUUUGAUACUGACUUUUUGUCAAGACAGACUGCUGAAAGACUUGAUGCCAUUGUCAUUUCAACCAACUACAGACUAGCACCUAAACAUCAUUUUCCAAAUCAAUUUGAAGAUGUAUAUAAUGCACUGAAGUGGUUCUUACGCCAAGAUGUUCUUGACAAAUAUGGUGUAGAUCCUGAAAGAAUUGGUAUUUUGGGAGACAGUGCUGGAGGGAAUUUAGCUGCAGCAGUGACUCAACAGCUCAUAGAUGACCCAGAUGUCAAGAUUAAACUCAAGACCCAGUCUUUAAUUUAUCCUGCCCUUCAGAUUCUUGAUGUGGAUUUACCAUCAUAUCGGGAAAAUUCACAUUUUCCAGUUCUGUCCAAAUCACUCAUGGUCAGGUUCUGGAGUGAAUACUUUACUACAGACAGAUCACUUGAAAAUGCCAUGUUCUUCAAUCAACAUGUACCAGUGGAAUCAAGCCAUCUAUUCAAAUUUGUUAAUUGGAGUUCUUUGCUCCCUGAGAAGUUUAAGAAAGGGCAUUUUUAUAACAGUCCAACUUAUGGGAGUUCUGAGCUGGCUAAAAAAUAUCCAGGGUUCCUAGACGUGAGGGCAGCCCCCUUGCUGGCUGAUGACAGCAAGUUACAUAAAUUGCCCCUGACCUAUGUCCUCACCUGUCAGUAUGAUGUCUUAAGAGAUGAUGGAAUCAUGUAUGUCACCCGACUUCAGAAAGCUGGGGUUAGGGUUACCCAUGACCACAUUGAGGACGGAUUCCAUGGAGCAGUUUCCAUUCAAGGAUUUAAAAUCAGAUAUAGACUAGAAAAUCAACAUGUGAGUUGGCUAAGUCAAAACUUAUAGUAAAAAUCUCAGCAGUGGUUCAUAAAAGUAUAUGAGCUUCAGAAUAGGAAACAAAUUAGUGAGAAUCAAAGGGUUGUGUUUGAAUGUAUGUUUCUCAUCUGUGACCUAAGUUCCUCAUAGCCAUUGUAUUUUGUUUGAAACUCAACAUUCUUCUUUAUUCCUUAUUCUAAGUGUUGUUCUAACUUCUUUACCUUAGAGAAUACCUAUUUUCUAUUUUUUUUUCUUGCUGCUGUUGCUCAUUUCUUAUAGCUCUAAUUUAUAGCCCUAGUUUUUUUUUUUUUUGGUUUUUUUUUUUUUUCCUUUUCUUUUCUUUUACUGGCUAAUAGUAUUACUGUUGAGAAGAAAGUUUUAAGUGAAUACAUCUGGCUUGCAAACAGCCAGAGCUGCAGCUGGCAUGGCUUUAAAGCCUUGAAAUGCUACCUUAUAGGCACUAAUAUAAAUUAUAUGCCAGCUUUUUUUCAGAGCACUUCACUCAGUAUAAUGUCACUUGUUUAUCACUGCAAAAUUCACUUCUUAAUGCAAAUCUAUUCUUGUGCUGGGAUACCAAAAUUAAUGGCAGUCAUCUCAUAAGACUCCAUUCUUGUGACAGAUUAGGGCCGUUUAUGUGGGAGAUGGUAGCUCUACAUGUAGCAGUGGUGAGUGAAGCUCAGGACAUGGAAGAAGUCACAAAACCAAAUUGAAAAAUUUGAAUCUCUGAAAGUUCUUUUGUCCAUGUGGACUCAGUAGCGGGAAAAGUACAAUUAAAUUUCUGUGUUCUUGGACUGUCUUAGUUUGGGUUGCUAUAACCAAAUACCAUAGAGUUGGUGGCUUAUAAACAAUAGAAAUUUAUUUCUUACAGUUCUGGAGUUUAUGGUGUCCACAUGGUCAAAUUCUAGUGAGAGCCCUCUUUUGCACUGCACACUGCCAACUUCUCAUUAUAUCCUCACAUGGCAGAGAAGAGGGAAGGGAGUAAGCUCUCUCAUGACUCUUAUUAAGGGCUAAUCUCAUUCAUGAGAGCUACAUUCUUAUUACCUCAUCUACUCCUAGUUACCAUAUAAUACCAUCACAUUAGAAGGCAGAGUUUCAACAUACAAAAUUUAGGGGGACAUAAAUUUUCAGUCCGUAACAUAGGCCAUGGAGAAUAAACUGUAAUAACCAUAUUUUAUGUAAUAUUUGGAGAUAAUUUUGGAGAAACAUUGAGGAAAUUAGCUCAGGGCUACUGUUCCCCCCAGGGAGUCUCCCCACAGCCAUCAGAAAUCAAGGUUUCUUUAUUUUUCUGCUCAGCUAUCAGAAAGAGUUGUGCGUUGGGGGAAUGGGAGAAUCACAAUUUUUCAUCUAUCUUUUUAAUCAAGAAAAAUGAUAGCAUUACUAGAAGUCCCAUCCAGUACAUGCCUCAUUUUUUGUCUCAUUUUACAGAACUGUGUUUCACGUGGAUACCCUUAACUAUCAAGUUUCCUUAAGGAGUCAUAUUUUUUUAACCUGGGUAUAUCAUCCUAAACAAAAUUAGUAUCUUUUCAAAUAAAACCAUAAGUGAGAAAUAAAGAAGCAGCUAGCAGUUGGGUCACAAAUUCUAUAGGAAUAAAUGAUUAAAAUUACUUGUGGAAAAUAAAUAGGAAUGUUUGUGGUCAUAUAUUACAUGGGUUGAAUGUAUAAAUGAAUCAUACCUAUGGUUCCCCAUGGAACAUCAUUAGGAUACUUGUGUGUUUUAAUAAUUGUAUACUCAGUUGGAGAGGGCUUUUCAUUUUUCUUUUUUACUUGCAUCUCUCACUCUUUUACCUCCUUCAAACCACCUACCCAUAAAUCAAAAUAAUGUAUGUUAACUACCUGGAGGACAUGGUUGUAAUUUGGAAUAGAAGGAUACAUUUAAAUGUGGACAUGAGAUAUGACAGAAAGUACUUUUGAAAAAUUGUACAAAUAAUAAUGAUGCAACAAACUGAUAUUAACUCUAUGAUGUUUUCCUAGAAUUCUAGCCUGAAUAUAUAGUAGAGGGAGGGAGCAAUAGCUAACAAAGCAACAGCAACAAUAAAAUUCUCUGUUGUUUACCUUAGAUUAACUUUCUAGUAUAAAGUCCAUCCAGACCCCUACUUUUGGUUUUUGUAAAGUAAAAUAGGAUAAAUAAUUAUAGGUUUCCCUACCUUGUUGGGUGCUUCCUGAAUCCUAAGCCAUCAGGUUUGGUUAUUACUAGUAGGUCUUUACCCCUCUCCACAUCAGUCAUCACUCCUAAUUACCCUUCAAUCCCACAUCCUAAUCUUUGUAAGACAUUCCCUGUCUCUGAUUUUGUCCUUUCCACAACCUCUUCCUGUGGAUUAUCAUGAGCAACAUCUAUAAGAUGUUAUAAAUGAAAUUAAUUGCAUCAAGAAUAAUUUAAGAACUUGCCCUUUGGUCAUAGAGCUAAUAAUUAUGUAAGUUUCAAUAUCUCAUUUUAAUAUUGUAAUCAUAGUGUAAUUAUAUUUAGAUAAUAAAUAUCUUCAUUAGAUAGGUUAUAAUUGAACAGAAGAGGGUUUGCUUAUUAGCAUUCUGUACCUUGAUUUUACUUAGAACAUCAGCUUCUUGAUCUCUAGCACAUGGCAAAACUUUGAUUACACUGGAAUUGAACUGGCCUCAAAGUGAUGAAUGCAAGACUGAAACAUGAUAGAAUUCUACCCAAAGUGUACUGAUCCUAGUAUUCUCUCUUCACAUUUGGAAUCCUCUGUUUCUUUUUGUGAUUCUGUACAUAAAACAUGGAUUGGUUAAAUAGAAUUUACGAGGGCUUCCUUCUCAAGCAGUGAAAGUUACCAGAAAGACAACCUGUCAAAAUUAUAUUUUGAAGAGAAAGGUAUACACACACACAAACAUAAAGUUGGGGAGAAUCCUGAAGGAGCUUCCCUUAAGUAUAAUCUUGGGUGGAGAAGAGCAGCACUAUAGAAGAGUGGCAAAAAUCCCAUAUCUUCUUUGCCCAAACCCAAUCCUUUUUUUGAUGAGAACAUUUAACGCUUAGCAAAAUUCAGUUAUAUAAGAGUGUCGUCAGCUGUAGUCAUCUUGUUACAUGUUAAAUCUUCAAAUGUUAUUCAUCUUAUAUUACUAUGAAUGUUUUUACCCUUUGACCAACUUCUCCCUAUUUCUUCCACCCACUCCAGCUCCUGGGAGCCACUUUUCUGUUCUCAGUUUCACUUUAAUAAAUAAAUAAAUAAACAGAUUCUACAUGUAAAUGA